GACUAGCGGGCUAGUCCGGUUUCGAGUCAGUCAGUGUGCCACCGGCGAGCAUCGCGUCGCCCGUAGGCAGAGCAGCAGCAGCGGCAACAGCAGCUUGUGAGCUUUGUGUGUCGUACUACUAUAUAGCAGCAGCAGUAAAGACGACGACUCGUUGUGUAUAUAGUGUGCACGGUGUGCGCGUUCUACUACUACUACUAUUACUACCUAUAUCAGUGUGCGCGCCGUGCGUUAAAAAGCUAUAUACCUGUGGACGCUUCUCGCUCAAGAUUAUUAUUAUUGUUAUUGUAACAUUAUGUUGAUGCAUGUGUUGGUGGCUGAGAGAGCUUUUGAAACGUGAAUUUAUAAGACAGCUCCGACUUUGGCCCCACACGCACGAAAACAAUCACCAUCGGCUAUAAAACAGCGUACAGAUACAUACAUUUAUUUAUUUAUUAUUAUACGUAUACACGUACGUGUGUAGCGCGCACGAGAGCCGCCGAGAGAUAAAAAGCUAAGAAAGCGGCGUUGUGUGUGCCGUGCUGAUAAUAUGGCACAUUGCCGAAUGCCAACAGUCAGCAGCAACGGCAGCAGCAGCGAAGUGAACAGCACGAGCCACCAGUGGCAGUGACAGCCGCGCAUUGGCCAACAUAUCGUCGUCGUCGUUGUCAGUAGCCGGCAGUUUCGAAUCUGCGCGCCGGUCCUACGCCUCGCGCUACUAGUACUGCUAGCCUAGAUCAUCGUAGAUACUAGACUGCUAUUGGCCUAUGGUGUCGUGGUUCGAACGAGCCCGCGCUUAAAGCUCGCGCCUCGCGCCUGAACUUGCGGUGACUGUGCUUUUUCAUUCUGUUUGUUGUUUGUGCGUGCGCGCUGCAGUGCAAGUGUAUGAAAAAAAAAAUUGCCCCCUGGUGUUUAUUGUUGUUGUUGCUGGCUCGUAAUAAUUUAUCUCGUGGACUGCGUGACCCUCUCGAUAUACUCGAUCGAGCCGAGUGAAUUUUCUACAGUGCGCGCUGCAAGCCACGGAGCCUCUCGAUGAGCAGCCUCGUGAUCGUUCUAUUCGGUGCGACAACGCCGUAGUGUGACCACCUCCACCACGAUCGAGUCGCCUCAACCAUGUGAGUUGACGAUCGGGAGAAUGGAUUGUUAUUAAAAGUAAAAAAAAGAAAAAAACUCGAUGAACUGGCCCGCCGACUGGUGCGUAAUGGUCGCUGCUAUGCGCAAUAAGUGGUACGAUAGUUCGGAGACUCGGUGAAGACGAGCACCAACUGGACAGCUCCGUUAGCACCGCUAGUGGACCGAUCAGACAACAUGCUCGAGGAGCAGCCGCUGGAUCUGACGGUGGUGCGCCUCGGCGAUUACAACGAUGCCGAGCCGCCGAGCUCCAACAGUAAGACGUCGACGACGAGCAGUAACGGCAAGCAGCAGCAGCUACGGGAGGAUCACGACGACUCGGAUCUCGAGCAUCGGGCCCGGCUGCUGCUGCUGCACGGACAUCCCCAUCAUCACCACCGUCGCCACGACUCGUCCGCGGGCUCGAUCGAGGACCCGGACGCCGACGAGCGCACCUGCUCCGAGGACUCGGACGACUCGAGCUACAGCGGCGCCGGUGGUGCUUCUGGUGUCGACGGUGUCGCCGAUCCCAAGCACUGCAAGCUCAGGUCGCGCCCACCCGGCACCAAGCCCUACAAGAAAAAUCUCAUCAAGCGUUAUCUUGACACGAGAGAGUUGGUGCAGCAGCCGCGCGGCGACUCUACGGCCAAAGACGUGCUGUCACUGACGAGCAUCAAAUCCGAGCCAGGUUCGAUUUCUGCCAAUCGCCUACUCCAUGGAAUUCUCUCGCAGCAUCAUGCGCAACAGCAGCAGCAACAGCAACAGCAGCAUCCGCAUUCGCAUUCUCAGCAGCAGCAGCAGCAGAGCGUCGUUACUCUACACAAUGGAUACAAUCGGCAAUUGGGCACUCAGCCGCCCUACAGCUCCGUCAACGUAUCAAUCUCCAAUCCGUCAGGAAACGGAUCACUGCCAGCCAGCCCAGCCGACAGCGGUGUGAGCGACGUGGAGUCGAGCACGUCUUCCGGCGCCAACGAAGACACGAAUCUUCUGCUGAAGGCGAGGCUCAAUCCCAACUCGCUUCAGCCGAGCCUCGCGGGCUCGCACCACUCACACCUUACAGCAGCCCUAGGUAGAUCGGUCUGUCACAGUCCCGGCGUCUACGGUAACGCGAAUGGAUUUUUGCCGCCUCCGCUGCAUCCUCACCAUCAGCAGCAGCAACAGCAGCAACAUCCGCAUCAAAGCCACCAGCAGCAUCAGCAGCAACAACAACAGCAGCAGCAGCACCAGGCGAAUCAUCAACAACAAUAUCAUGGACAUCGCGGAAACUCGCCGCUGGAUCAGCACUCGGCUCACGGUAUGGCAUCGGCGAUGGGCCCGCCGCCGCAUCACUUGCAACAGGCGCAAAGUCUUCAGCACGCGAUGCACUAUAGGCAGCCUACCUCUCUGUCGGAGAGCUACAGCAGCUACGUGACGUCGGUGUACAAUGGAGCGAGCCUCGGCUCGCCGGCGGCGUUCGCCGCGCCCUGUGGCGCCGCCUCGUCGACUCGGACGAGCGGCUCGAUGAACGUCUUCGGCGGCGGUGGCGGCGGCGUUGGACCGAUCACCGGUGGACCUGGAAGCUCGGCCGGCGGCAUGAACGCCGGGGGCGUGCCCACGAGCGUGAUCCAGGCUGCGAGCUCCUCCGUCUCGGACGAUCUGUACCUGCUGGAGCUGGGCUUCCAGGCGCGCCCCAAGAAGAAACUGAAGAAGCCGCGAAUCGGCUCCGGCGGUGGCAUCGGCGACGCGUCCAACACCACGAGCAUGGGCCAGAGCUCGCCGAUCAAGCGCAAGUCGCGCGAGGGCUCGACCACCUACCUCUGGGAGUUUCUGCUGAAGCUCCUGCAGGACCGCGAGUACUGUCCGCGCUACAUCAAGUGGACGAAUCGCGAGCGCGGCGUGUUCAAGCUCGUGGACAGCAAGGCAGUCUCGAGGCUCUGGGGCCUGCACAAGAACAAGCCCGACAUGAACUACGAGACGAUGGGCCGAGCGCUGCGCUACUACUAUCAGCGCGGCAUACUGGCCAAGGUCGACGGCCAGAGGCUGGUCUAUCAGUUCGUCGACGUUCCCAAGGACAUCGUCGAGAUCGACUGCUCGGGCGCGUGAGACAGGACUCGACGACGACAGAGAUGACUCUCGCGAGACUCACAAUAAUAUAAUAUUAUUAUUGCACGACGUGAUUUUCUUUUACACACGGUGUAUGUUUUUUUCAAUAACUGUGCAGCUAUUAAACGUAUAGUGGAUUUUGAGAAUUUCAUUUGAUUAUAAAAGGAAAAAGCUUGAACGAGAAAAUCCUGCCAACAAAUUCAAGUAUUUAAUGAAAAAAAAAGAAAAAAACAAAAAAAAAAUGGUUAUGAUUGGGUUAUAAACAAAAUAACACUCAAGUACCUAAAUAAAAAAAUAUAAGCUUCCAAAUUGAGGUCGUGAAAUGAAUGAUUUCUUAUACAAGUUCACAACCAGAUGAUUACUUUAUAAUCUUUUCCAACAGCAGUUCCGACACGAUUAAAAAAAAAAAAGAAAAACCAAACAUUUGUAAAAUUGCAUCAAUUUUAUGGCAAUCGUAAUGAAAAGUAUAUGAAUCAUCUAAGCGAAUUAAGGGCUGUGAAAAAUAUAUUUAAAAUUGAUCAAAACGAGUAUUUUAGUAAAUUUAUUCGAGUGUUGUACAAAAAAGAUGAAAUUUCAAACUUGAUUUAUAAUAAUCGUUGACAAAAAAUAUAGUCUAAACGUGUGUAUGCGUGGAUAUAAAAAAAAUGCGUGCAUGCACGUGAAUGAGUGCGUGUGAAUGUGCCUGAGAAACAUGGAUAAAGGUAUGAAAUUUAUGCACGAUAAAGCAUUUUAAAAUGAAGCUUGUUAUGUCGAUGUGUAUGUUAUAUUGAACAGUUUUUAUCAAGGUGCUGGCUUUAUGUAAAAAAAAAAGAAAAAUAUUUGCGUUUAACUAAAAUAAAGAGGUCUAAGAUGUUGAAAUAUACUAUAAUUUGCAUACAAAAUGAAUAUCAAAAUAAUGUAUUAAUGUAAAUAUAAUAGAAUCUAAUAUGAAUAUAUAUGUAUAUUUCUACAAUCAUUUGAAUAUUGUAAGCAAAUGUAUUUCACGUGAAUAUUAUAUAUAUUUAUUAACAUCAGAAAGUGUUUAUAAGCAUCUGUAGAUAUAUGUACAUAGCAGAGUUUAUAUAAACCAUUUUUUUUCUAUUUAUAAAAUUAACUCACUACCAUUAUUGUUCAUAUCGAGAACAGCAACAAAAAUUGUACAAAAAUUGGAUUAUCAAGAGAUUCAAAAUUUUUCAAAGUUGUCUUACAUAAAAUAUAACAAUUGAGCGUGUGACCAAAAAUAAUUUUAAAACAGAGGAAUGCAUCUGUUCGAUGUGGAUCAAAGUCAUCGAAAUGAAUUCGACAAAAUGUAUUUAAGGACGGAAUCUCAAAAAUAUAUUACAGCCAUUACUGCCUGUUAUCAAUGUGCUGGAGCUGAGCACAUCAAACUCUGAUACAAAGCGAUUGCCUUGAUAAAAUCCUCAUAUUUAAGCUAUUGCCUUUGAAAUUUACAGAAAAAAAAUGAAAUAUUUCAGUAGACUAGUUGUGUGAAAAAAGAUGGAAACCUAUGAACAAAUAUUGUGUUCAAAAAAACGUAACUAAACAAAAGUGCAGUGUACUUCCGUCUCUCUUACAUACAUUAAGAUAUCAACGUAUAAUUGAAUUGAGCAAAAUGUUAUCUCAUGAAAAGCUCGUAAAAUUUUGAUGAAAAAUUCUCAACUGUGCGUCUACCGUUAUUAUCAAUAUAAACAAAAAAAUUUGUAUUAAUGUUGACGUUGUUUAUUUACUCGAAUGUAUCGAUUUAAAGUUGGAUUUCAAUUGUACUUUGUUAUACAAAAGACGUGAUGAAUGUAAACGGUAAUACGUAGAGAAUACUUAAACAUUUGUUGUACACAAGAAAUAUUCUUAGAAUAAAAUUGUAAUUAAGAGAUCGUAAUUUAAAGUUCUGUGAUUCGUUGUUUGUAGGUGAAAUUAAUAAAAAAAAUUCAUUUUA